CUUAGUGGAGGCAGAAUUGCUGUAGGAGGUUUCUGUCACUAUUCAUGGGACUUUAGCACCGAGCUGCCGCCAUGAGUCUGGUUUUGGUGACUGCUCGGGAGUCCUGAGUGGGCAUUAUGGAGGAGAAUGCCAACAUUCAGCAGGCGGGGGACCAGUGCCCCACUGUGCCAGUCCAGCCCAACAAGUUCGAGAUAAAACGCCAUGCCAUCACCGAUGACUACAAAGUGUCCAAGCAGGUGUUGGGCCUAGGUAUUAAUGGCAAAGUGUUGGAGUGUUACCGGAGGGAUACCGGUCAGAAGUGUGCACUCAAGAUCUUGCUUGAUAGUCCCAAAUCUCGUCGAGAGGUGGACUACCAUACCAGAUCAUCAGGAGGACCCCACAUCGUACCUGUGCUUGAUGUGUAUGAGAAUAUACACCGGGGGAAAAGAUGCCUGCUGAUCGUGAUGGAAUGUAUGCAGGGCGGAGAGCUGUUCACUCGUAUCCAGCAGAGAGGAGACCAAGCGUUCACAGAGAGAGAGGCCUCCGAGAUUAUGCGGGACAUAGGAAUGGCAAUUCAGCAUCUGCACGGACUGAAUAUAGCUCAUCGAGACGUCAAGCCUGAGAAUAUUCUCUACACUUCCAAGGAAAGAAAUGCUGAGCUCAAGAUCACAGAUUUUGGUUUUGCCAAAGAAACAACUAUUCAAAAUGCUCUUCAGACUCCUUGCUAUACUCCGUAUUAUGUGGCUCCUGAGGUAUUGGGUCCAGAAAAAUAUGAUAAAUCCUGUGAUAUGUGGUCGCUGGGGGUCAUCAUGUACAUUCUUCUCUGUGGGUACCCUCCCUUCUAUUCUAAUACAGGCCAGGCUAUCUCCCCGGGAAUGAAAAAGAGGAUACGUAUGGGACAAUAUGAAUUCCCGGCUCCAGAGUGGAACGAAGUGUCGCAAGAAGCCAAGCAGAUGAUCCAACUCCUGCUGAGAACCGACCCAACAGAAAGAAUGACAAUCACCAAGUACAUGAAUCACCCAUGGAUAAAUCAGUCUAUGGUGGUCCCUCCAACCCCUCUGCACACAGCCCGGGUACUUCAGGAAGACAAAGAGCAUUGGGAUGAAGUGAAGGAGGAGAUGACUAGUGCUUUGGCUACAAUGAGAGUUGAUUACGACCAGGUGAAGAUCAAAGAUCUGAACUCAUCCACCAACCGAUUGCUCAACAAGAGACGGAAGAAACAAAACGAAGGAGGUGUCCCUGCUAAUAGCUGCAACAACCAAUAGGACCGCUUUAGACUAGAAUCGGUGUCAUUGAAGAGCUUGAUGUUUGGCUGCUCCAGGACAUAUUUUAGCUUUUUUAGUCCUCUGUAAUACUGUAGUCUAUUGUAAGCCUUUUACAAUUGAGCUUCUAGAGCACCGGGCCCUAUGUGUACAUAUAUAUAAAUAUUCAUGGAACUGAAAUGGCCACUUGGUUGUUACAUUGUCACCUUACUCUUGAUUUGUUAGACCCUUCCACAUAUUCGUUGAGUACUUUCUACAUGAAUUCACUCAAGACUUCUCGAAAUAAAAACCAUCAAGAUGA